CCGCACCGCCCGCGCCUGGAGCGGCGGCCGGGCCGCGGCCGUUGGCGGAGGAGCCCGGCGCCAUUUCCCCCGGCCGCGCCGCCCCCGCCCGCCGCCCGGCCCCCGGGCCGCGGCCCCCGAGGUAAUCAUUACCAAAUGAGGAGGAAAGGACGAUGUCAUCGAGGCGCUGCACCGAGGCAUCCUUCCUCCCCGUGCAGUAUUAAACACUCCCCCACACGAGAAACACUAACGUACGCGCAAGCCCAGAGGAUGGUUGAGAUAGAAAUUGAAGGGCGUCUGCAUCGGAUCAGUAUUUUUGAUCCCUUGGAGAUCAUAUUAGAAGAUGACCUCACUGCUCAAGAAAUGAGCGAAUGCAACAGCAAUAAAGAAAAUAGUGAGAGGCCACCUGUGUGCUUAAGAACUAAGCGUCACAAAAAUAACAGAGUCAAAAAGAAAAGCGAGACCCUUCCCAACGCCCAUGGCACGCCGGCCUCGGCCAGCGCGCUCCCCGAGCCCAAGGUGCGCAUUGUGGAGUACAGCCCGCCGUCGGCUCCCCGCCGGCCCCCGGUGUACUACAAGUUCAUCGAGAAGUCGGCCGAGGAGCUGGACCACGAGGUGGAGUAUGACAUGGAUGAGGAGGACUACGCCUGGCUGGAGAUCAUCAACGAGAAGCGCAAAGGGGACUGCGUGUCGGCCGUGUCGCAGAGCGUGUUCGAGUUCCUGAUGGACCGCUUCGAGAAGGAGUCCUACUGUGAGAACCAGAAGCAGGGCGAGCAGCAGUCCCUCAUCGACGAGGACGCCGUGUGCUGCAUCUGCAUGGACGGCGAGUGCCAGAACAGCAACGUCAUCCUCUUCUGUGACAUGUGCAACCUGGCCGUGCACCAGGAGUGCUACGGGGUCCCCUACAUCCCUGAGGGCCAGUGGCUGUGCCGGCACUGUCUGCAGUCCCGGGCCCGGCCCGCUGACUGUGUGCUGUGCCCCAACAAGGGAGGUGCCUUCAAAAAGACGGACGACGAUCGUUGGGGCCAUGUGGUGUGUGCCCUGUGGAUCCCCGAGGUUGGCUUCGCCAACACAGUGUUCAUUGAGCCCAUUGACGGCGUGAGGAACAUCCCGCCGGCCCGCUGGAAACUGACGUGCUACCUCUGUAAGCAGAAGGGGGUGGGUGCCUGCAUCCAGUGCCACAAGGCCAACUGCUACACGGCCUUCCAUGUGACCUGUGCCCAGAGGGCCGGGCUCUACAUGAAGAUGGAGCCCGUCAAAGAGCUGACGGGCGGCGCCACCACCUUCUCCGUCCGAAAGACCGCAUACUGUGAUGUCCACACGCCCCCGGGCUGCACCCGGAGACCACUGAACAUUUAUGGGGAUGUGGAGAUGAAAAACGGUGUCUGUCGGAAGGACAGUUCGGUUAAAACGGUUAGGUCCACUUCCAAGGUCCGGAAGAAAGCGAAGAAGGCUAAGAAGACGCUGAGCGAGCCCUGUGCAGCCUUACCGCCCGUGUGCGCCCCUUACAUUCCCCCGCAGAGAUUGAAUAGGAUUGCGAAUCAGGUGGCAGUCCAGCGGAAGAAGCAGUUUGUUGAGAGAGCCCACAGCUACUGGCUGCUCAAAAGGCUGUCUCGGAACGGCGCGCCCCUGCUGCGGCGGCUCCAGUCCAGCCUGCAGUCCCAGAGAAGCACGCAGCAGAGAGAGGACGACGAGGAGAUCCAGGCGGCCAAAGAGAAGCUCAAGUACUGGCAGCGACUGCGGCACGACCUGGAGCGCGCGCGGCUGCUCAUCGAGCUGCUGCGCAAACGCGAGAAGCUCAAGCGGGAGCAGGUCAAGGUCGAGCAGAUGGCCCUGGAGCUGCGGCUCACGCCACUCACCGUGCUGCUGCGCUCUGUCCUGGACCAGCUGCAGGACAAGGACCCGGCCCGCAUCUUCGCCCAGCCAGUGAGCCUGAAGGAGGUGCCAGAUUAUUUGGAUCACAUUAAACAUCCCAUGGACUUUGCCACAAUGAGGAAACGGUUAGAAGCUCAAGGGUAUAAAAACCUCACUGAGUUUGAGGAGGAUUUUGAUCUCAUUGUAGAUAACUGCAUGAAGUACAAUGCCAAGGACACGGUGUUUUAUAGAGCCGCAGUGAGGCUGCGUGAUCAGGGAGGCGUGGUCCUGAGGCAGGCCAGGCGCCAGGCGGACAGCAUCGGCUUUGAGGAGGCCACGGGGAUGCACCUGCCUGAGCGGCCUGCCGCCGCCCCCCGGCGGCCCUUCUCCUGGGAGGACGUGGACAGAUUGUUGAACCCGGCCAACAGGGCCCACAUGGUGCUGGAGGAGCAGCUGAGAGAGUUGCUGGACAAACUGGACCUCACGUGUGCCAUGAAGUCCAGCGGGUCUCGGAGCAAACGGGCCAAGUUAUUAAAAAAAGAGAUUGCUAUCCUUCGUAAUAAACUGAGUCAGCAGCACAGCCAGCCCCCGCCCGCCGAGUCAGGUACUGGAACCCUCGAAGAGGAAAGCACGCUGCCCGGGCAGGAGACAGGGGACGGAGGAGAUAAAUCUCCCCCUAAACUUGAACCAUCAGAUGCAUUACCUCUUCCUUCAAACUCGGAGACUAAUUCAGAACCACCAACCCUCAAACCAGUAGAACUCCACCCCGAGCAGAGUAAACUAUUCAAAAGAGUCACAUUUGAUAAUGCAUCACAUAGCACUUGCACUCAGAGCGCCCUGGCACUCGGACACCCUCCAGAGCCCACUCUCGCCAGUAGUGGCGAUGCGCCGGCGGCGGCCUCCGCGGUGGCGGAGCCAGCAAGCGAUGUAAACAGACGCGCCUCUGUUCUCUUCUGCAAACCGAAAAGUGUAAGCCCCCCAAAGUCUGCCAAGAACACUGAAACCCAGCCAACUUCUCCUCAGCUAGGGACCAAAACCUUUUUGUCUGUAGUCCUUCCGAGGUUGGAGACUCUUCUGCAGCCAAGAAAAAGGUCGCGGAGCACCUGCGGAGACUCCGAGGUGGAGGAGGGGUCCCCGGGAAAGCGCCUGGACACAGGUCUGACCAAUGGCUUUGGGGGUGCCCGGAGCGAGCAGGAGCAGGAGCAGGAACUGGGCAAUGCCCUGGGGAGAAAAGCCCCACCCCGGCGCCGCUGUGCCUCUGAGUCCAGCCUGUCGUCCAGCAGCGGCCCGCUCUGUGACUCGAGUUUCAGCACGCCCAAGUGUGGACGGGGCAAGCCGGCCCUGGUCCGGCGGCACACGCUGGAGGACCGCAGCGAGCUCAUCUCGUGCAUCGAGAACGGCAACUAUGCCAAAGCCGCCCGGAUCGCCGCUGAGGUCGGUCAGAACAGCAUGUGGAUCUCGACGGACGCGGCCGCCUCCGUGCUCGAGCCUCUCAAAGUCGUGUGGGCCAAGUGCAGCGGCUACCCCUCCUACCCGGCCCUGAUCAUCGACCCCAAGAUGCCGCGUGUGCCUGGCCACCACAACGGGGUCACCAUCCCCGCCCCACCUCUGGAUGUGCUGAAGAUCGGGGAGCACAUGCAGACGAAGGCGGACGAGAAGCUCUUUCUGGUUCUGUUCUUUGACAACAAGAGAAGCUGGCAGUGGCUCCCCAAGUCCAAGAUGGUCCCCCUCGGCAUCGACGAGACGAUAGACAAGCUGAAGAUGAUGGAGGGGCGGAACUCGAGCAUCCGCAAAGCCGUGCGCAUCGCCUUCGACCGCGCCAUGACCCACCUGAGCCGCGUGCACGGGGAGCCGGCCAGCGACCUCAGCGACAUCGACUGAGCCGCGCCCGCCUCGUCCUUGGUGUCGAUGCUGUACAUGUCUGUAUAUUGUCCCGACUUAACUUAUUCUGACCCUCGCGUACUUCUGUGAUUCUUUCUCGGGGACGUUCCUCUUCCCCGUUU